GCACUGUUCCUUACCUGCCUUCCCCUCGACUCCCGCUCUCUGUUAGUCGUCAAUAAUCCUCUGCCUUCUCUUACUCACCUGCCUCGCGGGGAACCCAGCAAUUGCAUCAUCUGCUUCGAUAGUUCACCACGAAAUUCAUUCAGUUGCGCGUCCGUCAGAGCUCUCAUUUUCCCGUACACGUAUUUCUCGACGAAUUGAUGAAUUUCGCGACCAAGCAGGCAACAACACAACUCUUCGCCUGUGCGCCCGCCACGUUACGUGCCCAGACAUCAGGCAGACAUUACCGCGGUUUAAGACAAUCCUCAACGUCCACGCCCUCCCUCUACACUCGAGACACCGCCCGAGCUUGGGCGCGAUUAUGACAAGCAAGAUGAAGAACUUCAGCAUGAAUAAGAUGCUAAACAGCAUCAAGAAGAAGCCAACAUUCUCCAAUGGUAAGCGCUGGUCAGAAAGCUGGCUCCGCGACCAAGCCACCGUUUUUGGGAUCGGUUUGCGAUUAUCGCAGGAAGUGGAAGUGGAAAUGGAAAUGGCGACGACACGACAUCCGAUCCGACUGGUGAUGGUCCCGAGGCAACGGCAACCCGUUAUGUGAAACAAUUCUGCAUGUCUGAUAGCGGCAAUUCGGGAGACGAAGUCGCUUUCCUACCAUCGAUCGUCGAGGCAGCCGAGUCGUCGCCGGCCGCCGCCGCAGAAUGCGCCCGCCUGAUUCGAAAAUACUUACAUCGUGACUACUGGACUAAACCCUCAUUGCAAUACAACGCCAUCAUGCUCAUACGAAUCCUUGCCGAUAAUCCGGGUGCGACCUUCACGCGAAACAUGGAUAAGAAGUUUGCCGAUACCACCAAAGAGCUGCUCAGGUCAGGGAAGGACGGCAAUGUUCGACAGAUGCUCAUGGAGACAUUGGAUGCCUUCGAAAACACAAAGGGCUACGAUGAGAACCUGCAAUUUCUUAUCGAGAUGUGGAAAAGGGAGAAGGAAAAGGCAUACAGGGUCUACGGCCACCACAUUUCACCACCCCCACCCCAACAGUACAGUCCCUACUUAUCACACCAUCAGUCGCUCCCGAACCAGCAGGAAUAUUUCCAACGCGCCCAGCACACCUCCCGGCUUCCAGACCCCGUCGAACUCGCCAACCGCCUUGAGGAAGCCCGCACCUCCGCCAAACUUCUCGAGCAAGUAGUCGCCUGCACGCCACCCCAUGAAAUCCUUUCCAACGACCUGAUCAAAGAGUUCGCGGACCGGUGCACGAGUGCCUCGCGCAGUAUCCAGGAGUACAUGUCCGCCACGGACCCCGCCCCCGACAACGACACGAUGGAGAGCCUGAUCGACACCAACGAGCAACUGCAGCAGUCGCUGAACCAUCACCAGCGCGCGGUACUGAACGCCAAGAAGCAGCUAGGCUUGGGCUCCCCCGGCUCCGAGAGCAUGAGCAGGCCAGGCUCGGUGGCGCCUGUAGUGAACGAGCAAAGCCGGCCACCUCCGGCGGCGUCGGGCACGAGUAAUUCUAGAAAUGAAGGCGUCCAGGACUGGUUGGCAAGUAGUAGCGCGGCUGCAGGUGGAAGUGGGAGUGGAAGCGGCAGCGGAAGUGGUCGGGGCGCCGGCGUUGGCGCCAGCAGCAGCAGUAGGGGGAAAGGCAAGGCGGCAGCUACCUCGUCUGAUGAUAACUGGGGCUUGAGCGACUCCAAGUACGAAUCCAUCUCUUCCAGGUCUAUAGCUGGUGGUUCUUUCUCCGCCGCCGCUGCGGGGCCUUCGAGGUCUCACGCGGAAACGCCAUAUCGUGACGAAGAGGACCCGUUCAGGGAUCCGAUCCAGCCUGAUUCUUCAGCGUCUUCGAUGCGGCGAGUACAACCGUCAACGUUGAACACGACGAAUGUGGGGAAUAAUGAUGAAAGAUUGUCAUUCGAGCCAUAUCACCCUGGAUUUGACGGUAGUGGUCACAACAAUAGCACGAGCGACAGGAAAAGCAUCAAUGACAACUACAGUUACAACUCAUCGUCGGCAUACGAUUACAUGGGGGUUGGAGGAGGUUCGGGUACAGGCGCUGGUGCCGGGAAAGCGAGCAACUCGAUACCAGAGCCUGUCACGCCAGUUAGCGACGAUGGGUUGUACGGUAGCGGGGAUGUGCAUCGCUCGACCGGGGUCCAAAGAUGAGGUUUAACGGUACUUGGGCCGGCGAAUGAAUAGAUGACGAUAGCCACCCUUUCCUUCAGCCGUCGUCGAUAGGUUGGGAUAUUGGGGGGGAAAGCUACGACGAUUUGGAACAGGACGCGGCUCCGGGAGGAGAGCACCAGAACGACGAACGAGGUGAUGAGCUGGGUUAAAUUCCACUUAUUCAAAUCGGUUCAAUCAACCAGUCUUCACGAGGAUUCGUAUUUGCUGCCCUCUUCGUCUCUCGCUACAUUUACACCCUCGCAUUCUCAGCUCAUAUCCUUCAUCGUGUCUUGCUCCAUUCUGCCGAUCUGGUUUCAACUACUGCCAAGGAUUGCCUGACUAUUGGGACCCGAGUGCAAGUUUCAGAUCAUCGGCAUCGAUCCUCCCGGGUCUUGAACCCUAAAACUUGGGCAGAGUUGAGUUGUGUCAAGUGUUUGCUGGGUCCACGACAGCAUGACGCUUGAAGCUGCUCCUCUGCUGCGGGGCAGCAGGAAUCAGAACAGCAAGAGCGCUGGGAUUUGCCGACAAGGUGUUAGCAACCCAAUAUUGUUGUUCUUGCAUGAGCGCAUCGUGUUUGUCCGUUGGGCGGUCGAUAUAGUUGCCGAAUGGCCGAGCGAGGACGGGACCCCCUUUCUCGGCGCAUUUGUGGUACGUAGGGAGGAAAAGUCGAUGAUCAAAUGUGGUCGGUAUAUUUUCACGUGGUUACCUGUGGGCGAGGAUAUGGCAGAGACUGCGCUUGUUUGCUUUCCUUGUCUCUUUCAAUUUCCCAUUUUCGGUUUUCUCCAGUUGUUUUCUCCAAUCCCGUCCUCUACCCUCUGGCUUUUUAUCUUGUAUCUUGCAGGCAGACAGAGGCAGCCACACGUCACAUCAAGUGGUCUCGCUGAAACACUCAUCCCUUUUCAUCACACGUACCUGGUCUAACGAGUACAUGAGUCGGUCGAUCAAGAUAUUCGGUGAUACCACAGCACCCCUAGUUUGCUUGUUAGCGCUCUGACUUCUGAAGUUUACCUUUAUACCCUGUCCUAGCAGGGAGAUGUUUGCCUCUUACAGGUACGAAUGUAUAUUCAAGUCAAAUUCAGCUGCGUCUAAGGAGCGGGAUGCGAGUUUCCAU